UUUGAGCACGUAGCCGGAGUUUGUCGGACGAUAUAUGCUAUCGAUUGGAUGUUUUCCACAGAACUAAAGCGAUGUCAAAGAGACAACACCGACGAUACUCAGUGUCUUCAGUCGAAAGGAAUCCACUCCACAUUUAGAGUGCCUCACAUCAACACAGGAUUAGGAUCAGCGUCUCUCUGUCUCCCAAUUCUCAAUUUAAGGAUGUAUGAAAACGCACCUGCCUUGGUGGCACCGCAGAGGGUCUUGGGCGAUCGUAGGACAACCCAGGAGGAGAUGCUGGGCCAGACCAGGCAGGUGAUCCAGGGGAUGGAGGCCCUGAGACUAGAGCACCACUCUCUCCUGGAGGGCCUACUGGGGAGCCUGCACUGCCUGGAGGUGGAGGGGAGCCAGAACCAUGAGGAGCCCAGCCCUGCCCAGGAGAAGGCCAGGGCCAUCCGCCGCUCACUGGACACCCUAGAGCUUGGGCUGGGCGAAGCGCAGGUCUUGCUGGCCCUGUCGGCCCACCUUAGCAUGGUGGAGGCGGAGAAGCAGAAGCUGCGUGCUCAGGUGAGGCAGCUGUGCCAGGAAAACCAGUGGCUGCGGGACGAGCUGGCGGGGGCACAGUGGAGGCUGCAGGAGAGCGAGCAGAGUGUGGCGCAGCUGGAGGAGGAGAGGAAGCACCUGGAGUUCAUGAGCUGCCUCCGGCGAUAUGACGACGACGGCGAUGACCUUUCGUCCCCCGAAGAGAUGGAUUCCAGCAAGGAGACACUGGAUGACCUCUUCCGCAAUGACGAAGAGGAGAACCAGGGCCAUGGCAUUCAGCAGCACAGUAGCAAUGUGGCGAUGGCUGCCGCCAACCAGGGUGGCUACGAGAUUCCAGGCCGUCUGCGUACGCUCCACAACCUGGUGAUCCAGUACGCCUCGCAGGGCCGCUACGAGGUGGCCGUGCCUCUCUGCAAACAGGCCCUGGAGGACCUGGAGAAGACCUCCGGGCACGAGCACCCAGACGUGGCCACCAUGCUUAACAUUCUGGCCCUGGUCUACAGGGACCAGAAUAAGUGCAAAGAGGCAGCAAACCUUCUCAACGACUCGCUGGCGGUACGGGAGAGGACCCUUGGCAGGGACCACCCGGCGGUGGCCGCUACACUCAACAACCUGGCUGUGCUUUAUGGGAAGAGUGGGAGGUACAAAGACGCCGAGCCACUGUGUAAACGAGCGCUGGAGAUUAGGGAGAAGAUACUGGGUAAGGAGCAUCCUGACGUGGCCAAGCAGCUGAACAACCUGGCCUUGCUGUGCCAGAACCAGGGGAAGUAUGGAGAGGUGGAGCAGCACUACCAACGGGCCCUGGACAUCUACCAGACCAGGCUUAGCCCCGACGACCCCAACAUGGCUAAAGCCAAGAACAAGCUGGCCUCCUGUUACCUAAAGCAGGGGAAGUUUAAACAAGCAGAAGUGCUGUACAAAGAGAUCCUAACCCAUGCCCACGAGAAGGCCAGUGGCUAUACAAAUGGGGAGGUCAAGUCCAUCUGGAUGCAGGCAGAGGAGAGGGAGGAACAGUGUGCUCCUCAGGGCAGACAGAGAGAAGGUCUGUCUAUAGGAGAUCAAGGCAGCUGGGACAGAACUCGCAAAGCGGACAGUGCCACCAUUACCAGCACCCUGAGGAACUUGGGAGCUCUCUACAGGCGACAGGGCAAACUGAAGGCAGCAGAGACAGUGGAGGCGGCAGCCAUUCACACCCCUAAACAAAGCCAGAAGCGGUGUGUUCUAGCUGCUGAGGCCUCCAGGAACAGCACGGCCAUGGAGAACCAAUGCAGCAGUAGUGAGAGCCUGACCUCUGAGGUGAUCACAGUGAAGUACGACAGUGGCCUACACGGGGGAGAGGAGGUCAGCCUCAGUCUGGAAUGGAAUGGGGAUGACCGUGGCUCCCUGAAGAGAAGCAGCUCCUUCAGUAAGCUGCGCGCCUCCAUCCGACGGAGCAGCGAGAAGCUCGUCCGCCGACUGAAGGGGGACAAAAACCCUGGCUAACCAGUCCCAAGUCUGACUAAGCUUCACAGUUCACACCCUUGCCACAACAGAGGGCGGGGCAGUGGGCAUGUAUGGUGCACCAAGGCCCAGGCUUCAAUUUAACAAUGCCUAACCCCUAACCCCCAGGCACUUGUAGAUCUGAAAGCAUUGGAUAGGUAUAAACAAUAUACAACCUAGUGGGGAAAAAAGCAGGGCCAUAUUACUAAAUUCAAUACUUUCUGAAAUACAGUGAUUAUGCACCUAGGCUGUGGUUGUUUCAAACGGAACCCCAUUGUCUUACAUCAGAUAGCGUAACUUUUGUUUGCACUGAUCGGUAGAGGGACUAACAGUCGAAGAAGUAGGAGUGGCGCCACCUGUUGAAAGACAAUGACUGAAUCCUAGCCCUUAGCUACCAUUUGUUGGUACUCUUUUGAUUCCCUUUCAACAUGACUGUACUGAACAAAGCUGUAGAUGGAACGCUUGGCCAUUACCGUCCCAACCCUAAAGCAUUGUGAGACUCUGAUACAGUACCAUCGCCUGAUUCUAUGCCAGCCAUAUUUGCAUCACCUGGGUAUUGGUAAUGUAAUGGUAGCUCAAGCUUGUUUGCUUUUCUAGUCCUUCCCUAUCAUAAAGUACCCAUUGGCAGAAGCUAUAGUAGGGAUGGCUUCAAACUAUUGAGAUGCACCCUUUGAUUAUCUGUCUAUGUGUAGCAAAUGGGAGAACUGUAAAACUCACUCCUUAACCUGAAGUUUCACUCCUUGCGCCAUUGGAAAAUGCCUUUUCAAUAGUGUGACGGGUUUGAACACUUCAGGAGGGAGGUCACGUGUGUUUGCAGGGCAGAGGUCCUGAGUUGGAAGUCUCGAUAUGAGUCGAUCAAGGGGAAGCGGUACUCGCUAAGCAGCAGCGUGACGUCCUUUAUAAAUGUAGUAGACAUGACUUGGCUCAAGCUAUUGACAUUCUCAACCCCUUCAUUUACAUUUAAUUUAAUGUCUUGUUAAUAUGUGAACAUUUCUCUGUAAAAACUGUUGAAAUGAUAGAAACGUUUAAGGGCC